AUGGCCUCAUCCCUGCGUGUCCCUGUGCUGCUCCUGGCUGUCCUGGUCUUGAGCCUGGCCAUGACCCCCAUGGCCUUGAAGUCCGUCAAAAAGUGGCUUCGCCUAAUGGGAGAAUUGGAAGAGGGAAAUGUUUCAGAUGAGGAGGUGCAGUAUGUAGUGGACUUCGCCAUCCAGGAGUACAACAGGGCAAAUGCAGAGCCGAAUCUCUACCGCGUGGCACGGAUAGUGCGAGUCCAACAGCAGGUGGCGAUGGGCAUGAGAUACUACUUGGACUUGGAGAUCGGCAGCACCAUAUGCUCCAAGGACCAGGCCAUGGAGGAUGACUGUCCCUUCAGCAAGACUCUGGUAUGA